CGUCAUCUUCCUGCGCCGUACGCUGAUGUGGCUCUCUCAUUGACUUGAUUAGCAGCUGUGUGAAGAGCUAAAGGCAUUUCUCUUGUAAACGUAGUCAGAAAAAAAAGACAAUCAUGAAUCGCUGGCUCAUUUUUGCGUUUUUCUUUUACGUGUGCCAUGGGGAGAGUUGUCUGAACCCAGUUAUUACACCAUCAACAUACACAACCAAUGAUGCAGUCAUCUCCUCUGAAUCCGUCUUCAUUGUGGAGCUCAGCUUGUCGUGUGCAAACGGAGUACAGAGUGUGGCAUUGUAUGCCGAUGUCAAUGGAAGACAGUUUCCUGUGACAAGGGGCCAGGAUGUUGGGAAGUACCAGGUGUCCUGGAGCCUUCCUCACAAGCAGGCCAGCUCGGGGACAUACCAAGUCAAAUUCUUUGACGAGGAAUCUUACAGUGCACUGCGCAAGGCUCAGAGAAACAAUGAGGACGUGGACACGAUCAAGCCCCUUUUCUCUGUUGAUGUAGAUCACAGGGGAGCUUGGAGUGGCCCUUGGGUGUCUACAGAGGUCCUGGCAGCUGCUCUUGGCAUCUUGGUCUACUACUUCGCUUUUAGCGCCAAGAGCACAAUUCAGGCAUGAAGAGAAACAACUCGAGAUGCAUUACUAUAUGAUCACUACCAUGCUGCACGAUAUACCUCCAGAUUUUCUCCCUACAUUCCCUUACACACUCAUCCUUUUAAUACUUGGUUUGUAAAUAUCAGUUAGUCUUAAAGGACUUUAACAGGAUUAUUAUAAUGUACAUUUCAGAAAUUCUGGUUCUGUCAUUUUUAUUUAUUAGAGUUGUUCGUUGCCUCUGGCAAACCCCGGAUUUUGAAACUUGAAUUUAAUUAUGCUAUCCGUAUACUGUAGACUGUACUGGAUUAGGGUUUUGUCUUUAGGUUGUAGCUUUAAAAACUACAAGCUUGGAUGUAAACACUAGCGAGAGGGAAUUUCCAGUAACAACACUAACAAAUGCACUGAAAGAAUUGAACAAAAACAAUGUUUUUCAUUCAAAUUGUGAACAAUAAACAUUCAUAUGUUUUA